UGUGCGUGUGUGUGUCUAAUAUCGCCUACCUGUCCUUGUCACUCUGCUAGUCCGUCAGUCCGGGGAUCCUGCUGCUGCUGCUCCAAACCAGACGCACCGCGCUCCUCGGAUGCCGGCAUGGCAGCGCGCGGCCCGCGUUCAUAAGCCCUCCUCACUCCGGUUCGACACGCGCGGCGCUCCUCAGACCUCCGUCCCCGCCUCGAGAGGAGCCGUGUAAUUCCGAGAGCGCCGAGGGACGACUUUUCCUCUUCUGCUUUUCACGCCGGCGGACUUAUUUCGCUUUCUGACAGUCAGCUGUUUACCGAUGAGCUCCAUGAGGGAUCCUCUGAACCUGGACCACCACCACAUCCCCGGGACUAAGCUGUCCUCCUCGCAGCACGCGGCGCUGGCCAUGGCAUCCAGCCUGCAGCCGCUGCAGCGCACGGCCGAGUCCAAACAGCGGCUGGAGGUGCACUCGGUCUCCGACACGUCCAGCCCGGAGUGCGGAGAGAAAGACAAGGGGCAGAACAAGGCGGACGACCCCUCGGACGACCCGUCGAAGAAGAAGCGGCAGCGGCGGCAGAGGACGCACUUCACCAGCCAGCAGCUGCAGGAGCUGGAGGCCACCUUCCAGCGCAACCGCUACCCCGACAUGAGCACGCGGGAGGAGAUCGCCGUGUGGACCAACCUGACGGAGGCACGGGUCAGGGUCUGGUUCAAGAACCGGAGAGCCAAGUGGAGGAAGCGGGAGCGGAACCAGCAGGCAGAGCUCUGCAAGAACGGCUUCGGCCCGCAGUUCAACGGACUCAUGCAGCCCUACGACGACAUGUACCCGGGCUACACCUACAACAACUGGGCCGCCAAGGGCCUGACGUCGGCCUCGCUGUCCACCAAGAGCUUCCCCUUCUUCAACUCCAUGAACGUCAACCCGCUGUCGUCGCAGACCAUGUUCUCCCCGCCCAACUCCAUCUCCUCCAUGAGCAUGACGUCCAGCAUGGUGCCGUCCGUCCCCGGCGUGCCGGGCUCCGGACUCAACGGUCUCAACAACCUCAACAACCUCAGCAACCCCUCCCUCAACUCGGGGGUCCCCACGCCGGCCUGCCCCUACGCCCCGCCGACGCCCCCCUACGUCUACCGGGACACGUGUAACUCCAGCCUGGCCAGCCUGAGACUGAAAGCCAAGCAGCACUCCAGCUUUGGAUACGCCAGCGUGCAGAACCCGGCGUCCAACCUGAGCGCGUGUCAGUACGCGGUGGAUAGACCGGUCUAAGGACAAGCGCGCGCGCGCACGCACGCACGCACGCACGCACGCACGUCGGCCAUCGGAACAACAGACUACUUCUUUGUUUUCUUUCCCCAUGUUUUAAAUGGACGCUAAACGACUGAACCACUGACACACAAGCUGCGGCGCGCGGCGCGGACGGGCCGACGGGCCGGUCCGCUUUGUAAAGCUCAUCAUGAGGUUUGUCGGUUCGUUUUUUAUUUUGUAAAGCUCAUCAUGAGGUUUGUCGGUUUGUUUUUUAUUUUGUAAA